CCCCCUCCUCUGAUCUGGUCCCGCCUCUCCUGCCCCUUGUGCUCCGCGCUCCCUGCUGCCCAGCCACUUCCAGAGCGGGAAGGCGGGUGCGCGGGCGGCGACACCAUGCAGGGAGGCUGCCAGGAGCCGGGGGCAGCGCCGCUCUCCGCCGCCCACCUGGCGCUGUGAGCCUGGCGCUGCCACCAUGUUCCCCAGCCCUGCGCUCACGCCCACGCCAUUCUCGGUCAAAGACAUCCUGAACCUGGAGCAGCAGCAGCGCAGCCUGGCCGCGGGGGAGCUCUCCGCGCGCCUGGAGGCCACCCUGGCGCCCGCCUCCUGCAUGCUGGCGGCCUUCAAGCCCGAGGCCUACCCCGGGCCCGAGGCGGCGGCGCAGGGCCUGUCCGAGCUGCGCGCCGAGCUGGGCCCGGUGCCUUCGCCGGCCAAAUGCGCGCCAGCCUGCCCCUCCACGCCCGCCUUCUACCCGCGCGCCUACGGCGACCGCGACCCGGCCCAGGACCCUCGAGCCGUCAAGAAAGAGCUGUGCGCGCUGCAGAAGGCGGUGGAGCUCGAGAAGCCGGAGGCGGACGGUGCGGAGCGGCCCCGCGCGCGACGGCGGAGGAAGCCGCGCGUGCUCUUCUCGCAGGCGCAGGUCUACGAGCUGGAGCGGCGCUUCAAGCAGCAGCGGUACCUGUCCGCUCCCGAGCGCGAUCAGCUGGCCAGCGUGCUGAAGCUCACGUCCACGCAGGUCAAGAUCUGGUUCCAAAACCGACGCUACAAGUGCAAGCGGCAGCGGCAGGGCCCGACCCCGUGCUCCGGCGCCGCGGCUGCUUGCCCCGCCGGGCCGCCCCCCGCGCAGCCCGCCACCGCAUCCGCCAACGGCAACUUCGUGAACUUCGGAGUCGGGGACUUGAACGCGGUGCAGAGUCCCGGGAUUCCUCAGGGCAACUCGGGAGUGUCCACGCUGCACGGGAUCCGAGCCUGGUAGGGAAGGAACCCGCCUGGGGCGCCCCUUGGCCGAUCCCAUAUCUCGAGAGGGACACCGCCGACUCAAAGGGGGUAGAAAGGGCUCCCGACAGGACCCUGCGUCCGAUGGGGUGGAUUUCACAUCCUCUCCCGCCACCGGGGCCUCGGAACUUGGCCCGCGCACUGCGCUCUCAUGCUCGCGUGAAGGAGAGUUUGUGGCGGAGUCUACCAUGCCUGCAGUGAGUGAUCCCGAUGCCGGAGUCCUGCCGCCACCCUGGAAAUGCCCUCUCAGUGUCCAUAGGGUCCCUGCCCGACCGAACACCGGCCACCUGGGACUGAGAUCGGGCGCGCAGGCCUAAGAUCGGCAUCCUUCCUGAGCCUGGGCAGGACGUCUGGGCCCUGCUGCCGCCCACCCACCCGUAUUUAUGUUUUUACCUGUUGCUGUAAGAAAUGAGAAUCCCCUUCUCAUUAAAGAGAGUGCGCUG